AUGAAAUAUGAGUACUCUAGGUGUUGACAAAAUUAAAACGUGUGCCAAGUAUGCUCGCUAUCACCGGGAAGAAGGGGUUCAACUUCAGGCCAGCUUUAGUGUGUGCUGCUGAUGAUACUUUCAAGAUCAAUGCUUUUAAUCGGCUAAAGAAAGCUGCGGAAGAUGAGGUUCUAGUUUACGGAAGCAUCACGUCAGAUCCUGCACAAGGAAUUGAGAAGUUCAAGAAAGCAAAGCGUGAUCUUAUAACUGUGGACACCAGUGUCCGGCAUAAGAGAUGCGCCAAUUAGCCGAAUCAUUGGUGUGCUCAUGUGCUCUCGUUUUUGUAUCCUUGUUGUUGAUGGUUGUCAGCUAAAAAUUGUUAUAUAUGUUAUGGAUAGCUGUAUUGGUCAAGCUGCAUUUAAUCAAGCCCAAGCAUUCAAACGAAGUUUCA